AUGAGCUCCCAGGCGACAAUAACCGACGUGAACAGGGCCUCUGAGCUCCUCGUACCCACCAUUCUGACCACGAUCAUUGCCUUCAUCGUGACCGCGCUACGAAUUUAUGUGCGCGUGCGGGUCAUCAAGUUGCUGGACUGGGAUGAUUUCUUCAAUGUGCUGGGAAUGGCUACCACCUUCGUGGUGAUGGGUUUGGUCAUCGGCGGCACAUCCAAUGGAAUCGGACGGCACAUUCAGUUCCUAGAGAAAGACAUGGAAGCCGCAACGUAUAGCAUCAUGCUCAUGCGAAUCGCUGAGUUUAUGCUGAUCAUUUCGACUGUCUUUGUGAAGAUCUCGAUUAGCUUGUUCCUGAAACGACUAUUUCCUACCAGCAAGCGAUGGAAGUUUUUCUUCUGGGCCUUUAUUGUCUUCAACACUCUUACAAGCUUAGUCGACGCCGCCGUCAUAUUUCCGCAAUGUACUCCAGUCGAGUUGAACUGGAACAAAGCAGUUGAAGGGCAUUGCUGGUCGGACGCCGCCAUCAAUGCGCUUGGAAUUGCCCAGGGAUCUAUUGCUGCCGCAACCGACUUCAUUCUCUCGAUUCUGCCAAUGGUAUUCCUCUGGAAUAUCAAGAUCAUCUGGAGAGUUAAAAUCGGCGUUUGUGCCAUCAUGGCAUUGGGUUUUGCGAGUGGAGGUUUUGCCAUUGCGCGUACUGUUCUGGUUCCCAGCUUGACGGCAACCCAUGACCCAACCUGGGACCUAGUACCGCUCUUCAAGUGGGCAGUACUCGAAGCAACCUUCGGCGUCAUCGCAGCUGCGGCACCCUCCGUUCGUCCUUUACUUGGCCACAACUCCAUCACCACAUCCUACUCCAAAUCAGGUCCACAAUCACACUCACACUCACACUCACACUCCCUUCCGCUCAACAGCAUGUCUCGCUCUGGGCAACGGUCGCGCCAUCGUUCCUGGCUCACGUCACAACACGAUCAGAUGCAGGAACUGCCCGACGAUGAACCUGGUUCGGACGGCAGUAGCCAGAAGAAGCUGUGGGAGAGCAAAGGACAUGGAAUUGUCAAGACGACCAAUGUGUCUGUCUUUCACUCGGAUCGUGAGGUGGGAGCGGAUCGCUCCAGUGAUGAGAUGCUGGUGUCAGAAGCUGUAGUGUACCAGAACAAGGGUCGGUAA